CAGGCACAAAAGCUGACUGAUGAUCAGGGCCUCGUCCUGAUGACCACUGUAGCCAUGCCUGUGUUUAGUAAGCAGAACGAAACCAGGUCGAAGGGCAUUCUCCUUGGAGUGGUUGGCACAGAUGUCCCAGUGAAAGAACUUCUGAAAACUAUCCCCAAAUACAAGUUAGGGAUUCACGGUUAUGCCUUUGCAAUCACAAAUAAUGGAUAUAUCCUGACGCAUCCAGAACUCAGGCCACUGUAUGAAGAAGGAAAAAAGCGAAGGAAGCCUAACUAUAGUAGUGUGGACCUCUCUGAGGUGGAGUGGGAAGACCGAGAUGAUGUGUUAAGAAACGCUAUGGUGAAUCGAAAGACGGGGAAGUUUUCCAUGGAGGUGAAGAAGACAGUGGACAAAGGGAAACGGGUUUUGGUGAUGACAAAUGACUACUAUUAUACAGACAUCAAGGGUACUCCUUUCAGUUUAGGUGUGGCGCUCUCCAGGGGCCAUGGGAAGUAUUUCUUCCGAGGAAAUGUAACCAUCGAAGAAGGCCUGCAUGAUUUAGAACACCCUGAUGUAUCCUUGGCAGAUGAAUGGUCCUACUGCAACACUGACCUACACCCUGAGCACCGUCAUCUGUCUCAACUAGAAGCUAUUAAGCUCUACCUCAGAGGCAAAGAACCUCUGCUCCAAUGUGAUAAAGAAUUGAUCCAAGAAGUUCUCUUUGAUGCUGUGGUGAGUGCUCCCAUUGAAGCAUACUGGACCAGCCUGGCCCUCAACAAAUCUGAGAACUCUGACAAGGGUGUGGAGGUUGCCUUUCUCGGCACUCGCACGGGCCUCUCAAGAAUCAACCUAUUUGUGGGAGCUGAGCAGCUCACCAAUCAGGACUUCCUGAAAGCUGGGGACAAGGAGAACAUUUUUAACGCAGACCAUUUUCCUCUCUGGUACCGAAGAGCCGCUGAGCAGAUUCCAGGGAGCUUUGUCUACUCAAUCCCAUUCAGCACCGGAACAGUCAACAAAAGCAAUGUGGUGACAGCGAGUACCUCCAUCCAGCUCCUGGAUGAACGGAAGUCUCCCGUGGUAGCAGCUGUAGGCAUUCAGAUGAAACUUGAAUUUUUCCAAAGGAAGUUCUGGACUGCCAGCAGACAGUGUGCCUCUCUGGAUGGCAAAUGCUCCAUCAGCUGUGAUGACGAGACUGUAAACUGUUACCUCAUAGACAACAAUGGAUUUAUUCUCGUGUCUGAAGACUACACACAGACUGGAGACUUUUUUGGUGAGGUCGAGGGGGCCGUGAUGAACAAAUUGCUAACAAUGGGCUCCUUCAAAAGAAUUACCCUUUAUGACUACCAAGCCAUGUGUAGAGCCAACAAGGAAAGCAGCGAUGGUGCCCAUGGCCUCCUGGAUCCUUAUAAUGCCUUCCUCUCUGCAGUAAAAUGGAUAAUGACAGAACUCGUCUUGUUUCUGGUGGAAUUUAACCUCUGCAGUUGGUGGCACUCCGACAUGACAGCUAAAGCCCAGAAAUUGAAACAGACCCUGGAGCCUUGUGAUACUGAAUAUCCAGCAUUUGUCUCUGAGCGCACCAUCAAGGAGACCACAGGGAACAUUGCUUGUGAAGACUGCUCCAAGUAA